UUUGCCUCUGACAAAAGAUUCGAAAAAGUGAGCGGGAAUAUGCGACUUUUGCGUCUUUGGGUAAAGCUUACUUGGUUACGAUUUUUACACAAAGUGUGUUCAUUCAUUAUUCGUUCAUGUAUUGCCCUCCGACUUAAGAUCAGUCUUUGAAUCAACUUCAAUUCUGUACAAACAUUCGACUGGAAAUUUGUAUUUUUCAAAGCUGUGAAUUCCUUCUUUUUGCCAGAACAACUCCAUUAUGGACAAACCGGUACCAUUGAUCAUACCAGGAGAUAACGGCCACAAGUUUACCAUCAACGAAGAAGCCAAACUAUGCUUGCAAAACAUAAACAAACCAAUGUCCGUAGUCGCCAUCGUCGGCAAAUACCGCACGGGAAAGUCGUAUCUGAUGAACAGGCUUUACGGCAAGAACUCUGGAUUCGACCUGGGCAGCACAGUCCAGUCUAAAACCAAGGGGAUCUGGAUCUGGGCCCGGCCCCACCCUAAGGAUAGCAACAGGUGCCUGUUGCUGAUUGACACCGAGGGUCUCUAUGAUGUGGAAAAAGGGGACUCGACCUACGACAUUCAACUCUUCACUCUGGCCGUUCUCCUUUGCAACUGUUUCGUCUACAACAGCCAAGGAACCAUUGAUGCUGAUGCUAUUAAUAAGCUACACUUGGUUGCAGAACUGACAGAACACAUUAAAGUCCAGGCUGGCGGUGCCGAGGAGGAAACUGGAGAAUCGUUCGGCAAGUUCUUCCCACAAUUCUUCUGGGUAGUGCGUGAUUUCACCCUUGAGCUCAACAUUGAAGGGAAGCCAUGCACGCCUGAUGAGUACCUUGAACAUGCCUUGAAAAUGAAGAAAGGGCAUGGCAAAGCUGUCCAUGAAUACAAUGCACCCAGAGAAUGCAUCCGGGCAUUUUUCCCCCACAGGAAGUGCUUCGUCCUUAAGAAACCAGUGAACGAUGAUGUGCUUCUCCAGAGGCUUGACCAGGCCAGAGAGGAGGACAUUAAGCCAGAGUUCAUGAAGGACGCCAAUCGGUUCUGCGAGACUGUUUGGACAGGCGUGGAGGCAUUCAGAGUGCAGGGGAACGCCAUUAAUGGCAGCAGGUACCUAACAUUGGCAGAAACGUACGUCCAAGCCAUCAACUCUGGUGCCGUGCCAUGUAUUGGUACCGCAGUGGAGACCAUGAAGCAGGUCGAGUGUCAAAGGGCUUUGGAUGAAAGUGUAAGGAGCUACAGCACCAUGAUGGAGAAGGAAGCUCUCCCAAACAUGCCCCUCUCGUUGAAGGAGCUGUCAAGCCUCCACGAGCAUGCCAAUGGGGCAGCCCUCCGUGUUUAUCAGAACAUUGCUGUAUUUGAUGCCGAAGGGAAUUUUCAAAGGAAAUUGCAGGAGGCCUUGUUGUCAGUUUAUACGCAAUUUGUGGAGCAGAACAAGGCAGUCUCAAAAGAUAAAUGUAGAUCCGUUUUGCAAAACGCGUAUGUCAAUAUUGCCAGCAAGAUCCAGGCUGGUCACUACACAGGCGCAGGAGGGUACGAAGAGUACCAAGCGGACUAUCAGAAAGUAAAAGAGAUAUACGCCAACACAGAGAGGAAGGGUCCAUGCGCUGACGAGGAACUGGCGCUGUUCAAUGAAGACAAGAAAAGUGAGGGAAAGGCCAUUCUGGAAGCUGACAAGAAAAUGACCGAAAAAGAGAAGGAUCUUGCAAGAGCCAAAGAAGAAGCUGAACAACAAGCUUUGCAGGCAGAGUCAUUAAAACAGAAACAGCAGCAGCUUCAGCAAGAACUUGCCGACAAGGAGGCAAGCAACCUGGCAAUGAUACAGCAGGUUCAAGCUGAAUUUGAUCAGAAAAUCCAGGCAUCGCAGGAAAUGCACGAGGCAGACAUGCGUGCAAAGCAAGACGAACACCAGCGCCUCCUACAGGAGGGUUUGGACAGGCAAGGAGAACAGUAUAAAGAAAUGCUGGCUGAUAUGCAGAAGAACCACAACCAGCUUCAGCAGCAACACCAGAAGAAGACUCAACAGUUGCAGGAGACCGUGGCCAGACAAGAGAAGCUGAUACAGGAGAUCAGGGCGAAUAAAAGACGUAGUGGGGGAAGUUGCCCGAUAUUGUAAAGAACCCCUGCCCAGUUUCCAAGAGUCUCAUUGCAUGGUCUUCAUCUGAAAUGGACAUUCUAUGAAAAUCUUAAACUACUGUGUCAGUUAGAUUAUAUCAGACCAUUAAGUACUACAGUGCCUUGUACACACCAGGAAAACAGAGCAUACAAUACAGGGUAGUGUCACGUAAAUGGUGAGAACUAUGAUGGCUCUUCAAUAAGAAACAAAUUUACCAUUGCAUUAUAUCACAAUUGUGUAGCUGUAUAUAUAGUCAGUGCUGUGUCAGAUAUUGGCAUUGAGUGCUUAUAGUAAUGUAAGUUGAGCUCACUAUAGUUAUACCCCCGUCACACUUAAUUGGAAUCAGCAGAAAUCAAGAAGAAUGAGGCUGAAUGAAGAAUUUUAAAAAUUCGCACCACAUUCGGGAAAAAAGUUUAAAUUGACCUUAAUUAUUGUAAGA